ACAUUGUUCUCAAGGCCCAGGUGCUGGCUGGAGGGCGUGGCAAGGGCGCCUUCAAGGGUGGACUUAAGGGCGGUGUCAGGAUGGUCUUCACACCAGAAGAAGCCGAAGAAUUCGCCGGUCAGAUGAUAGGUGACUUCCUUAUCACAAAGCAGACCGGAGCCAAAGGCCGAAUCUGUAACUCUGUCAUGGUAGCCGAGCGCAAAUUCCCGCGCAAAGAGUACUAUUUCGCUGUCAUGAUGGAGCGAGCGUUUGCUGGCCCAGUUUUGAUCGCCUCAUCCCAGGGUGGAGUUAACAUUGAAGAGGUGGCAGCUGAAAACCCCCAGGCUAUUCUAUACGAGCCCAUCAACAUCACUGAAGGUAAUUCGAACUUAAAAAAUAUUUCAGAACUAGCAGGAAAACCGUACUCA